GCGCGGCUUGACGCGGUCGGAGGAGGAGGAGGAGUGGAUGGAGGAGUGGAUGGAGGCGAAACAACUCGCUGAAGUCCAUCGACUGCUGCAGACAAAUAGCUGUGUUGAGUGUCAGUCGUACUGUGUUGACAUGUCAGUGUGUUUAUCUGCUUUCUGACGGCAGCAAACGGCGUUUUCCAUCAUGGCGGUUAUCGCGGCACAGGCGUUUCCAUGAUGGCGAAACAGAAAACUUAGUUAGGUAGCAAACUUUUUGAAGCAAAGGAGCUGGAGUCUCUCUCUCCACCCCAGACUUUCCCUGUCAGUACGAAAGAGACUAACACCACCAUGGCACCCACCACUACAGCUUCGUUAUGGGCAUUUGCUUUUAGUUUAUGCCUCGGCGUGUCCGAGUGUUACUUUUCUAUCCCGUUAAAAAUCUACACAGGGAGCUACAACGUGUCCUCGGAGCUGGAUCCGUCUCAGCGGGUCGUGUUGAAGUCCGAUGUGAACGGCCUGUCUCUGGCCUCUGAUCCCACCGGGACCGUCAACUUUCUGGACAUGGUGAAUAACUUGCAAGGAGACUCUGGAAGAGGCUACUACAUAGAAAUGUCAAUUGGUACUCCUGGACAAAAGCUGAACAUCCUGGUGGAUACGGGCAGCAGUAACUUUGCGGUGGCGGCAGGUCCACACCCAUUCAUUACUCACUACUUCAACAGGGCACUCUCCAGUACUUACCAGUCGACUGGCCGGAAUGUGGCUGUCCGGUACACGCAGGGCAACUGGGAAGGUGAACUGGGCUUGGACUAUGCCUCCAUCCCAAACGGCCCAAAUGGGACCUUCAUCAUCAACAUAGCUGCCAUCUUGUCAUCAGAUGGCUUCUUUCUUCCUGGGAUCAAGUGGCAGGGCAUCCUGGGACUGGCCUAUCCCAUGCUGGCACGGCCCGACUCGUCUGUGGAGCCCUUCUUCAACUCUUUGGUGCAGCAGCUGAAAAUUCCUGACAUCUUUUCCCUCCAGAUGUGCGGUGCUGGACUGUCAGCCAGCGACACAACAGAUCCAGCGGGAGGCAGUCUUAUCAUGGGGGGAGUUGAACCAACUCUGUAUCGGGGGUCACUGUGGUAUACCCCGAUAAUAGAGGAGUGGUACUACCAAGUGGAGGUUUUGAAGCUGGAGGUCGGCGACCAGAAUCUGAACCUGGACUGCAGAGAGUACAACAUGGAUAAAGCUAUAGUUGACAGUGGGACGACGCUGCUGCGUCUUCCCGUCAACGUCUUCAAUGCGGUGGUAGAAGCCAUCACGCGCAGCUCCCUGAUCCAGGAUUUUUCUUCAGGCUUCUGGGAUGGCACCAAGCUUGCAUGCUGGAUGAAAGGAGAAACCCCCUGGAGGUUUUUCCCCAAGCUGUCCAUCUACCUAAGAGCCACAAACACUAGCCAGUCCUUUCGCAUCACCAUCCUGCCUCAGCUGUACAUCCAGCCGAUCACAGACGUCGAUGGCACGCUAGACUGCUUCCGUUUCGGAGUGUCUUCGUCAGCUAAUGGCCUGGUGAUAGGCGCUACCGUUAUGGAAGGCUUCUACGUGGUGUUCGACCGCGCCCAGCAUAGAGUGGGCUUCGCAGUCAGCAGCUGUGCAGUGAGCGGUGGCGUGGCUCUGUCAGAGAUUGCGGGACCUUUCUCGGCAGCAGAUGUGGCGGCCAACUGCUCCAGUGGGUCGCUGAGGGAGCCUCUCCUGUGGGUGAUCUCCUACACCUUGAUGGCGGUUUGCGCCUUGGUGCUCAUCAUCCUGUUGCUCCUUCUGGUCUUGCCCUGUCGGCGCAGGAACAGCUCCGGGGAGAUAACGGAUGAGUCCUCCCUGGUCCGUCACCGCAUCAAGUGACUGAGAGGAAAUAAACGGGUGGACAGGGUGAACGGGCGGGGAGGAGGGGGGCGAGCGGAGCCCAUCCACAGCAGCUGAGAAAGGGGUUAGGCUCAGCCCGCACCGAACUGUAACCCCCAGCUCUGAAUGUCUGACAAAUUCUAGACUGCACUCAGCGGGUCACCCCACGGAGGUAGAAACAGACAGAUCAACUGCCUCUCGAUGGGAAAAGCUUAAAGCACUUCUUACAAACAGCUGUUGAUGUAUUUAUGGUUACGGUGUCUUGUUUGGUGGUGUAUCUUCAAAGUUUAGAAUGACAUGAAGCGGUUUUUAGUAAUUCUCAACUGGAAAGACUUGUCACAUUUGUACACUGCCACUACACCAACUGGAUUUACAUGCAGUUUGAGUUUAGGCUUCUUCUUUUUAGGGCUUUUCAAAAGGUUUCCUGGGAAAUGUAGGACAUCACCAACACAAAUGGAAAGAACAAAACUACGAAACACACUAAUCACGGGUGGAAUUUCUUCCUUACAGACGAUCACAGGGCCGUGGACCUAAACAGCACAUGCUCACGACCAUCGGUGCAUUCUUGAACAAUUUUGAAUAGUUACUGAUUUCAUUUCCAGGCGAACUGUGUAUUAUUAAUUUCUAAGGGCAUACAACCUCCUAAAAUGUGCCUUUACAGCUGAUGAUCUGCUUCCAACAGAUGUUUUUUUUUUUUUAUUUAACUCUGCCAUCGGUGAAGGAAUGUUUCUACUGCCAUGUUAUAAUUUAAAAUUCACCUCCAGUAUGGGUGUGCAGUCAAAUAUAUGCCUGUGUUUGUUGAAGUUAAGAGGAAAAGCUGCUCAAAGAAUCACUGCUAAAGACAAGAAUAUUACUAAAGGUAACACACAUGUUUACAGUGCCUGUUGUGCCUUUAAGUCUCAGCUCGCUGCUAACACAAGUGGAUAUUCAGUAUCAGCAGUUUGAGAUUUGCACUGCUGAAUUGCACUUUGUUUCAGACAAUCAAAAGUGUAAUACAAAUCUAAAGAUCAAUCUGUUAUGCAAUUUGUUGUAUUAAUGUAGUUUUACUAAUUCUGUAUAUGUCCGACUUUAUAUUUAAAUGUCUUUGAACGUGAUUGUAGUAUUAUUACGAAUCUUUUUAGACACGAUGUUGAAUUGGUGCAUUUUUGCCAGAAGGCUACUUGUAGC